AAAGGAAAUUUCUCAUCAUAAUAUAUCACAAAUUUAAAAUAAUAUUUUAUACAAUAUAUAUUUUAAAUAGUUGACAAUUUCACACAAAAAUAUUCUAAAAAUAAAGUUUAAAUAUUUUUGGUUAGUAUUAAAAAAAGUAUCCACUUUAAAGAGUAACAAUUAUUGAUUUUUAGGUGAAAUACUAUUUCGAGAACCUCAUCAAUGAAACAUUCUUAUAUGGAUUCUUUUGAAAAUAUUUUAUUUCACUUGAAAAAAUGACUUUUUGUGUGCAUGGAAAAAAUAUAAAUCUGUUACUCUAAAUUUAGUAUUUAGAAAUGUUGAUAAAAACAUUGAGGAUAAUCUCUGGGAAUUUUCUAUUUCGAAGAAAAAGAUAGGACUUUAGUUUCAUCUAAAAUUAAGGAAGGAGAAGGCCCUAAGAGAAGAGGCGGAUUUUCAGUUAUAACAACGGAGAAGAUAAGGUGCUAACAUUAAACAAAAAUGAUCAUGUCUUUCUCUCUUCUCUUUCCUUAGUCAUUUCUUCUAUUUCCCUUCCUUGUCUCAUCUUCUGUCUCCAAUUAAUCUAUGGAGCGCGUUAGAGAAUCUUCAGAAACUCUUGCUUCCACGACGACCUCAUCUUCGUCUCCCUCCUGCGAUGUAGACGUUGAUAAUCGUGGAAAACAACUAAGUCCUUUCUCAACAAGAAGAUCUCGAGCUGGCUUCUCUGAUUCUUUCUCUUCUCAUGAUUUACAAUCAUUCUGUUCAAAUCAAGAAAACAUAAAACUCUACCCCAACCAAACAGAAUCAGACGAUGACUUAUCAAGGAGCAUAGAAUCUGGAACAUCAUGUCCCGUGGUGAGCACGUCAGACUCAUCAUCAUCAGAACCUCAUCAUCACCAUUCCCACCACCAUAUAGGCCUCACUAGCGGUCAAUGGAGAGGUCGUUUCGUCCGUUUGCUCAAGAAAGGAUCAUCCGCAAUGCCAUUCAACACACCUCUUAAAGGAGUCCCUAAACUAACCAGACGUAAGAGCAAACGCAUAAGAGACAACAUGGUCCCUGUUCUACCUGCUACUUCUCUCGACACUGGUGACUUGUUCUGCUUCAAACCCUCCUGGAGAAACUACUCCCUCCAAGAUAUUCAAACCGCUACCAAUGGCUACAGCCGUGAGAAUCUGAUUGGAGAAGGAGGAUAUGCAGAAGUAUAUAAGGGGCAGAUGGCAGAUGGGCAAAUAGUGGCAAUAAAGAAACUAACUAGAGGCUCUGCGGAAGAGAUGACAAUGGAUUAUCUGUCGGAAUUAGGGAUCAUAGUUCAUGUAGAUCAUCCAAACAUUGCUAAACUUAUUGGAUAUUGUGUUGAAGGAGGAAUGCAUCUUGUUCUUCAGCUAUCUCCCAAUGGAAGCCUCGCUUCUUUGCUCUAUGAGGCGAAAGAGAAGUUGAGUUGGAGCAUAAGAUACAAAGUGGCAGUGGGAACAGCAGAAGGACUGUACUAUCUCCACGAAGGUUGUCAGAGAAGGAUCAUUCAUAAAGACAUCAAAGCUUCUAACAUCCUUCUCACUGAGAACUUUGAGGCUCAGAUAUCUGAUUUCGGGCUGGCUAAAUGGUUACCAGACCAAUGGACUCACCAUACCGUGUCGAAAAUAGAAGGAACAUUCGGUUACCUUCCACCGGAGUUCUUUAUGCAUGGGAUUGUAGACGAGAAAACAGAUGUAUAUGCUUAUGGUGUCCUGCUUCUUGAGCUCAUUACUGGUAAACAAGCCCUAGACAGCGCACAACAUAGUCUUGUUAUGUGGGCCAAGCCAUUGAUCAAAGAGAACAAGAUCAAACAACUAGUUGAUCCGGUUAUGGGAGAUGACUACGACUUAGAAGAGUUGGAACGUCUAGUCUUCAUAGCAUCCUUGUGCAUACACCAAACCUCCAUGAACCGGCCUCACAUGAAUCAGGUUGUUGAGAUUUUUAGAGGUGACAAGGGCAGUUUAGACCAGCUAAAACUACGACAAAACUCCAAACUGCAGAGGACUUACUCUGAAGAACUAUUGGAUAACGAAGAAUACAACUCGACAAGAUAUUUGAACGAUAUUAAUAGACACAUGGAGACUGUUCUCGGAACAUCUAAAGACUCAUGAAACAUCUUAUAUAGGUUCAGUAUUGCUUCGAA